AUGGAAACAGAGACCGGGUCUACUCCAUCACAUGAAGUUGAUUCCAAUGUAGUGGAAUCUUGCUCAAGAGUAAGGGAAAAGGUUGAUCCGGCUUGGGAACAUUUUAGCCUUGGGUCGGAUGAGAAUGAACGGAAUACUUUUACAUGUGUGUAUUGUAGGCAAACAUAUAAAGGUGGGGGUAUUAAUAGGAUGAAAAAACACCUUGCGGGGAUAAAAGGUGAUAUUGGAUCGUGUAAAAAGGUUUCUCAUGAUGUGAGAUACCAAAUGUUGGAAUAUGUGAAGGAGUUUGAGUUGAAGAAAAAACCUGAGAAACAACGUCAAGAAGAAAUGUUUAGUGUGCCUUCUACAAAUAGUGAUUUGCAAGAAGAUGAUGAUGUUCAAGAAGUAUUUAGUAGUGGGUUGCCUAAAAAACCUGUUUUAGGUAAAAGAAAGGGUACAAAGCUAGUGGAUAAUUACUUUGCUCCAAGAACUACUCCAGGAGCUCAACCUGGUCUUAAAAGUGUAUUCCAAAGCAAAGAAAGGGUGAGGCAAGCUAAUAUGGCUAUUGCAAGGUUUCUGUAUGACAAUUGCAUUCCUUUUAAUGUAGUGAAUUCAGUGUACUACCAAAUGAUGAUUGAUGCCAUAGCUGCUGCUGGUCCUGGUUACAAAGGUCCAUCUUAUCAUGCUGUACGGGUCCCUUUGUUGAGGGAUAAUAAGAAAGAAGUUCAGUUGUUGGUUGAGUCACAACGUAGGCAUUGGGCAGAAGUUGGAUGUACACUUAUGGCUGAUGGUUGGACAGAUACUAGACAUAGGUCAUUGAUUAAUUUCCUUAUUUAUUGUCCUAGGGGAAUGGUAUUUGUAAAAUCAGUUGAUGCCUCAGAUAUUGUAAAGAAUACCAGAAACUUGUUUAAAUUGUUUGAUGAAGUAGUUACAUGGGUUGGUCCAAAAAACAUAGUUCACUUGGUUACUGAUAAUGCUUCCAACUAUGUAUCUGCUGCUUUGAUUGCUUGGUUGAGGAAGAGACCUGGUUGGACAGAUAUUGUACGUGCAGGAGCAACAAGAUUUGCUACUACUUUCCUUUCAUUUGGAAGCCUUCAUGUGCAUAAGCAUGACUUGCAAGCCUUAGUGACUAGCAAGUUCUUUGUGGACAAUAGAUUGGCAAGAGAGUCAAAGACAAAAGAAGUAGUUUCUAUCAUAUUGGAUAAUUCUUUUUGGGAUGAUAUUAAUGUUCUUGUCAAGAUUUCAUCACCACUCAUUCGUUUGUUACGGAUUGUUGAUUCUGAUCAAAGGCCUGCAAUAGGAUAUGUGUAUGAGGGCAUGCAUAGAGCACGGUUGGGAAUCAAGAAGAUCUUUUGA